AUGAUCAGAGCUUAUGAGAAGGGCAUUAUCAACGGCGUAAAAGUUGGGGUAAAUGAGGUAGUGAUAUCCCAUCUCCAAUUUGCUGAUGACUUUAUACUGUUUUGUGAGGCAGAUAUGGAUCAAUUAGUGCACACAAAAAGGAGCGUAAGAUGUUUUGAAAUCCUGUUUGGAAUGAGAAUUAACUUUCAUAAGAGUGUUGUGUGUGGAGUUGGUGUGGAUGAGGAAACUAUAGCUUCUUUUGUUGAUAUUUUGAAUUGCAAGGUUCAUGGAUUGCCAUUCAAAUUUUUGGGUGUGUCCUUAGGUGCUAAUCUAGGUAGGAAAUCAACUUGGAAGCCAGUAUUGGAUAAGAUAAGAUCAAGCCUUCCUAUCUAUUAUCUAUCUAUGUUCAAAAUGCCUAAGGGAGUGGUUAGAGAGAUUGAAAGGCUUGAAGUUGCUUUCCUGUGGGGUGGGAAUGAUUUCAAGAGAAAGAAAUUUGGGAGUGCAGCAAAUGCUCUAUGUAGAAGAUUGUUGUGCAACAAGUACAUGAUUGAGGAGGGUAAAUGGCUCCCACUUGUGAGCUCAUCAUCUAGACAUUCUAGAAUAUGGAGUGAUGUUGUUGCAAUUGCAAGUCAUAAUCAACCUCUAGUGGAGUUCUAUUUGGAUAAGUUUCAGAUAAAGGUUGGAAAUGGGAGAAGAAUCAAGUUUUGGCAUGAUAAUUGGGUUGGUAAUUGGUGCCUAAAAGAUAAGUUCCGUAGACUCUUUAGAUUGUCAAAUGAUCAGGAGGGCACAUUUUCUAGUUUCUUCGAGAGGAAAUCCAAUUUGGAGGAGUGGAACUUCUCCUUUAGAAGAAAUUUAUAUGAUUGGGAAAGGUGGAGGUCUCUAGAUUGUCUGUUACUUUAA